AUGAUUAUGGGUGCCUUUUCUAUUGUUCGGCGAUGUGUAAAGAAAUCAACCAGCCAGGAAUAUGCUGCUAAGAUCAUCAACACAAAAAAGCUGUCAGCAAGAGAUCAUCAGAAGCUAGAAAGAGAGGCCCGCAUCUGCCGUCUGCUCAAACAUUCCAACAUAGUGCGUCUCCAUGACAGUAUCGCAGAAGAAGGCUUUCAUUACCUGGUCUUUGACCUUGUGACUGGUGGAGAAUUGUUUGAAGACAUUGUCGCAAGAGAAUAUUACAGUGAAGCAGAUGCAAGUCAUUGCAUCAAUCAGAUCCUGGAAAGCGUCAGCCACAUCCACCAGCAUGACAUUGUGCACAGGGACCUCAAGCCAGAGAACCUGCUGUUAGCCAGUAAGAUGAAGGGGGCAGCAGUGAAGUUGGCUGAUUUUGGCCUUGCCAUUGAAGUGCAGGGAGAUCAGCAGGCCUGGUUCGGUUUUGCAGGCACCCCUGGAUACCUCUCCCCUGAAGUCCUGAGAAAGGAUCCCUAUGGCAAACCAGUGGAUAUCUGGGCUUGUGGUGUGAUCUUGUAUAUCCUGCUGGUGGGUUACCCUCCUUUCUGGGACGAGGACCAGCACAAACUGUAUCAACAGAUCAAGGCUGGAGCCUAUGACUUUCCCUCUCCAGAGUGGGACACUGUUACCGCAGAGGCCAAAAACCUCAUCAACCAGAUGUUGACCAUCAACCCAGCAAAGAGGAUCACAGCUGACCAAGCACUCAAACAUCCGUGGGUCUGUCAACGCUCCACUGUCGCCUCCAUGGUGCAUCGUCAAGAAACCGUUGAGUGUCUGCGCAAGUUCAACGCCCGCAGAAAACUAAAGGGGGCCAUUUUGACCACCAUGCUGGUGUCCAGGAACUUCUCAGUGGGUCGGCAGCACACCAGCCCCGCCGCCCCCACCACCAGCACAGCUGCACUGGCACAAGAAGCAUGCAAAAGUUUACUGAACAAGAAGUCUGAUGGCGUGAAGAAAAGGAAGUCAAGCUCCAGUGUUUAUUUGAUGGGGUCUACAGAGAGCUGUAACACCACAGAAGAGGAGGACAUGAAAGGUAGUAAAGUAUCGGUGGGUGGGGCUAGCAAUGACAGUGCAGUGGGGAGCCAGUGCAGUGCCUCUGAGGAUCCAGCUCCUCAGCCCGAGGCCUCUCCCCCCUGCCCACCGCCCACACGAAAGCAGGAGAUCAUUAAAAUCACAGAGCAGCUGAUUGAGGCCAUCAACAACGGAGAUUUUGAAGCUUACACGAGGAUCUGUGACCCUGGCCUGACCUCUUUUGAGCCCGAGGCACUUGGAAACCUGGUUGAGGGAAUGGACUUCCAUAAGUUCUACUUUGAGAAUUUGCUGAGUAAGAACAGUAAGCCUGUGCAUACAACCAUCCUGAACCCUCACGUGCACCUGAUUGGAGAGGACGCCGCUUGCAUCGCCUAUAUCCGACUGACACAGUACAUGGACAGCCAGGGCCGGGCACGCAGCAGCCAGUCGGAGGAGACACGCGUGUGGCACCGCCGAGAUGCCAAGUGGCUCAACAUCCACUUCCACUGCUCUGGAGCGCCUGCCGCACCUCUACAGUGAAUCACAGAGGGCAAAGCAUGCCUGAAUACUAAAGCUGAUUGGAGCAUUUCUUCUCCGUGCACGUCUUGCCGCCUGGAGCCCGGCCAGAAGAGAACCUCUUGAAGUUUUGAAAACGUGAGGGAAAAAAUUGACACAACUAAGAAAUAUAUUUAAAAGCGGCCACCACUUCAGUCCAACUCUAGCUAGAUGUGGGGCGGGCGGCCACGGCAGCAGCCCUGCCUUCUGGAUGCUGCAUGCUUCUAAUGCCCACACGGGGCGCUGUAUUGUCUUUACCCAUAAUCCCAUAAUGUCUGCUGCCCAACAUUCGGAAAUGGUGUUUAAAAGUAUUAGUAAUAUAUUGUAAAAUACUGAGAUCUUCACUUGUGUAAUUAACAGCCAGUAGAGACGGAAGUUAGAAUCAGAAAUGUGAAUCGUUGAAGAGCACACGCCGUUUUAAGGGUAAAUGAUGUGAGUUUAUUACAUUUAAGAAAACAUUUUUCUGUUUUGUUUUUCUCUUUCUUUUUUUACGCAAAGAAUGUGGUGGCAUGGCAUAUCAGAGGGAACGAAAAAGUGUAUCAGACGUUGAAGCACCAAAGUGUAGACUCUAGACGUUGAGAAGAGGAUGUUUUAAUGUUGCUUUUAUUUUCUUUGAAAUUGAGGAAUGGGGUUGGGGAAGAUUUUUUUUCUGGCUUUCUGUCGUGUUUUGGUGGAUCUCUUGGUUUUUAUCUUCUGAAUGAUGCGGUAUUUGAAAGUAUUUUGUGUUUUCAAGACAAUUGUUUUAAAGUGGGACACGAUUUAAUAUAGAUGUGCAUAAAUAGAUAUUUAUAAAAGAGAAAGGACAAAACUGUGUGUGGUGUCCGGGGGGGUGAUGUGUGUGUUUGUGUACUUAUAAAUGUUUUUUCUUGGGUUCAAGAUGCUUGUUGCUAUGUAGUGUUUUGCGUAAAUCUUCUUAACACACACUUCCACAUGAGGCCUGAACUCAAGUUGGGUUGGUUUACUUGCCUUCCUGUAUGUUUGCACCCAUAACCUCUAGGCUCUCUGAACCUGAAGUUGCAGAACCCUCACUUUCUUUGAUUCGAGUUUGUUGUAUGUCUCUUGGUCCCCAGGGGGCGCUAAACACUAUACACAACAUACUCAUCAUAACCCUUGCUCUCUCUCCCAGAGUUACUCUGCUCACCUUUUAGGCUUCCAGCUGCUGUGCAUAUCAUUUUUUUUAGACUAUAAGCAUGUCGAGAAAAAAAAAA